UCUAGCAUAAUCCUGUGUAUUUAUGUGUGGGUGCAGUUGUUCCUACUACAGUAUUCUGCUCUGCCAUGCUCAGCUUUUAACAGCUCUCCUUCCACUUCUGCAGGAAAGAGGCCCAGCAAGCUUCGGCCAAGCCCUUCCCAAGCCCUCCAUCUGAAAAGCUUGCCCCUUCUCAAGGUGGUAGUCCUUUAAGAGCGAGACUACAACCUCUCCGAGCUGCACUUGGGCCAAGGUCCAGGAGAUGGCAGGGGCCUCACUUUACAGGAGCCGAGAGCAGCUGGUGGGGACGCAAAAUGCAGCCUGCAGCAGCAGUGAAGAGCAGGGCCCAGACAGAUAGCAGUGACAUCAUAGGGGAGGUUCAGAGCUCGGAUGAAGAACCUGAAGCAGGAAGUCAUAGAGCACCAGAGGUCGAGUGGCCAGGGGAGGAGGAGAGGCAGGCAGACCAUGCCAGCACCUCAGAGGAAAACCUCAAUUACUACUUGAAAUAUGUCCCCAUUUGCUCAGUAAAGCAGUACCGAGCCUACCAGGAGGACUUCACUGCAGACUACACCACAUACCGCCACCUCCAUGCCAGGAUUGGGAGUGUGAGCAGGAGGUUUGCCCAGCUGGGCAAAAGGCUUAGGCGAAUGCAGCAAGGAACCAAGGAGUACAAGGUCCUAGAAGAUCAGAUUUUGCAAGAAUACAGGCACUUCAAAAAGGUGAGGCUGGAGCAGUGGGAAUCCAGGUUGGCAUCGGGUAGGGUGGUGCUUUCUUUCCCCCUGGUGGCUGAACUGUUUCCUUCUUUGCAGGUGUAUCCUAACUACCAAGAAGAAAAGAGGCACUGCGAGUAUCUGCACCACAAGCUCUCCCACAUCAAGGCUCAAAUCCUAAACUUCGAGCAGAAUGUCCCUCCAGCUGGUCAGAGGGGCUGUGGCGAGAGGAGAUGAUUAGGGCAGCAUCACCUGCAACUCCUCACAGCAAGCACAGAGGGGCUCUAGUGUUUCAAUGCAACUGCUUGCUCUUGGGAGUGAGCUUUGUACAGCUUAAGAACAGGCCCAGUUUACAGUAUGUUCCUCUUAUAUUUUGGUCCAAGUCUGCUCCGCACAUCUUGCUAGCUGAAAGCAAUUUGAAAAGAAACACUUAAAGCAGGGCAGGGGUGCUCCCUUUUCCCCAUCCUUCUGUAGCAACUUGUUCGUGACAGCCUAAAGUUACUUCAAGCUAUCCACAACCAGAGCAGCCAUCUUUGGCUUGAAACAAGCCUGUGCUUUAGAAUUGUUUCAUCAGCAAGUAUAUUCUUGUGCCUUAGAUUGAAAAAAGUGGAGUGUGGGUAGUCUUGCAUUUUUAGAUAAAGACAUUCUCAAUAUGCUAACACUUAGCCUGUCCAACUCCAGCUGACAUUUGUUCAGACUCUCACACCCAAGGCAGUAGGAACUUUGCUAGAAACCUUUUCUUCAAGGAAUACUUUAAUCUUGCCUGGCUUAUGCUGCUUUGUUUUUUAGUUUCUAGUGGCUGCAGAGACAGGGCUUUGUCACACAGGCUUAAAGCUUGGCACCUACCACAUCUCUCAGAGACUCUCCACGUGAGAAGUUAUACAAAAAAUUGCAUUUUGUGAAGAUCAUUUAAACAGACAUGGCAUCUCCCUUCACUUUGUAUCAAUCAGUUAUGUUAUCAAUCAGCUACAUGUUCAUUUGACAAUGCUGCUUAGGCCCAUCUGCAGAGCUAGGCUAUCCCAAGCUAAAAUCAACACGCAAACUUCUCAAGGACAGCUGAAUUGUUCAGUAACUUCUAAAGGGAACAAAAGCUAUCUGGCAGAGCAGCUUCCCAAGC